AUGGCGAACAUGGUUUCAAUCAUAAUUGGGGUUGUGAUUGCUGUAUAUGGAGAGACCAAAAUGCCCAAGAGCAAAAAGAAGCAAACACAACAGCAGCAGGAAACAAGUAGAUGCAGGUUUCUGGGUGUUCGACGGAGACCUUGGGGAAGAUAUACAGCAGAAACAAGAGACCCUUCAACCAAAGAGAGGAAUUGGCUGGGCACCUUUGACACCGUAGAAGAGGCCGUUCUCGCCUAUGAUAAAGCCGCCCGCUCCAUGCGUGACUCUCGAGCUCGCACUAAUUUCAUCUACUCCGAGUCUUCGACAUGCCACUUGGUUCUUCCGUCACCUACAUCAUCUCCCCGGACGACGUUGAAUCCCCUUAAUUGGGUGUUGUGGCGACUCGGUCGGAUUUUAAUAUCGAUUUUGUGA